AUGACUGUGGCAAGAGUAAGUGAUGCCGCUAUUCUGUGCGCUACUUGGCUUUUCUUUAUCAGUCAACGAGUAGGUUGUUCCAACGUCGUCGUUUGUGUUCGUUCCUCAAACUCCGCUUCACAACAACGGCCAUGUCCUACCGAUGCCUUUAUCGUGUCGACUUUGCAAGAAGCGAAAGAAAAAGCUGACACAAUCCGCAGUCGUGCCGACGUCGUCCUCUUGCCAGGCCAACACAAAAUGGCCUCAAUGACAAUCGACGCAAACACUUUUGCUCGGAUACGAGCAGCUCCAUCUAACGUCACCGCAGAACGACCACAAAUUGUUGUUCAAACCAAUGCAAGUGAAACCGUCGAUAUUGCAAGUGGUAUCCACCUCUAUAAUUGCGACGACGUGGCGUUUCUAGACGUGGAUGUAAGCACAGAAAGCCCUGGUAACAUGGUAGAGCUCGUCAACUGCACUAGCGUGACGUUCUUCAACGUGGUUUUCUACCAGAAAGCAAGCUACGCUUCUGUCUCACCUGUCAGCACGUUUAACUCCAAUAACGUCAACUUUACAAACUGUAGUUUUCUGGGAAGCUCUAGUCUUCACUCUAGGGAGUUCACUUGGUCGGCAUUGAAUAUAACAUUGCAUCAGUUCAGUCCAAAGAAACGAAACGUUACUGAUGACACUAUUCCGACCAUUACUCUAACAGACGUGGUUUUCGAACAGCGUUUUGAUUUGAACUACUCUGAAUACGGCAAAGUCAUUACUUCAUCUCUCUUACACGAACAACAAUUCACUUUAAUAAUUUCUUUGGUUGGAGAAUGUACUAAUGGAUUAACGGUCUUACUAAAUGGCUGUACCUUCAGAAAUAUCCAGAUACCUCUAGGAAGUCCGUUUAAAUUGCAUUUCACCAAGACGACAUCAAACAAUCAGAUUACUAUUCAACGUUGUGUAUUCACUGAGAAUAUAGCGAAGGUUGGCGCAGGAAUGCUCGUCAUAUUUAACGAUAAAUCGUACAACAACUCUGUUAAAGUCACCGACACUCACUUCGACAACUUGUUUGCUGUAGUUCAAGGUGGAGCUGUCAAUGCUCUGUUUCUUUCUGAAGAGAACUUGAUCCAAUUUACAAAUUGCACAUUUGUGCGACUGUACACUGAUCCUGUGGUAGGAGUGGGAGCUGCCGUAUCUUUGUAUUCUCCGAAAACCCUGAACGCACAAAGUGACAAUCGACAGUAUCAAAUAAUAAUCAAAGAUUCUCAGUUUAUCAACAGCACUUCACCGAAUGGAAUCAUAUUUGCACACAGAGUUCGAAUCAGACUGAAAGGAAACUGUGAAUUUUGGGGUAACAACUACGGUCUUGUAGUACUCUAUAAUUCGGUCGUUGACGUAAGUGGUCAUCAAACAUUUUUACAGAACAGUGCAAUAUCUGGAGGAGCACUGUCGCUUUACGAUCGAAGUCGCUUAAAUUUCCGACAGGUACAAAAACUUCUUCUACAGGAGAACGAAGCUAUGCAUUCCGGUGGGGGUAUGUAUGUAGACUCGAGUAACACUAUACCCUUCGUUGAAUGGAUCAACAAGAGAAUCGGCGUAGAAGUUAAAGACAGGUGUUUCUUCUACAAUGAUGCUAGUCUAGAUAAAACAAGAGCAGCCGUCAACGUUCUCGAUAAAACCAUACAGUUUGCAGCAUCGGGAGAAGGCAUACGGCCUCAGAGCAAGUUUGUUUUCAAAAACAACAUUGCUGCACGCAAUGGCCUGGACAUCAGCACUGCGUCUAUGACAAGCUGUAUCAAGUUGUUCGACACUUGCAGCUUGCUGGAAAGUAUUUCCAACAACUCGUAUGUUCGUGGCAGCAAUCGCCUUGCAGAGUCCGUAACGAUAGCAAAUAUCAGCCAAAGGUUCUCAAACAUUGUGAACUGCUCGUCGACCAAAGAGUCGCUGUUUAGCGAGAAGGUUCUAUCACGAAUAGCGACUGGCGUUACCUGGCUGUUCUUCGAAAGCGCAUCUUGUUCUUGUUUAAAACCACUGGUUAGUGAAGCAAACGACAAGUACUCGUAUUUCAAGUACAAUUGUGAUGCUAAAGAGAUCAUAAAAACCGUCACCGCCUUAUUGUCGACCAGAAACAAGUCUACAAUACUGCAGCACCAACCUAAUCUCCUUAGUUUGGAGUACUUGUUUCCUAUUCCACCCCCAGUCAUGUUUUACGUUCCUUGGUCCCAUGCUUGGAUUUAUAAUCUGUUUACUCGUGCUGCCUCCGAAAACGAAAAAACCUUUAUCUUGAAACCUAGUCGUAUGACACUUACUCCAGCACCAGGAGAAAUAUUCCAGCUGUACAUUCGAGGAUAUGAUCAGUUUCUACGCACAGUCAACGCAAGUGUUGCUUAUCUCUCGCUUCAACCGCCCCAAGAAGGUUUACAAAAGUCCCACAAUCAAUCCAACGUUCUGCUUCGUCAAGGAAACAAGCAGUACUCAUACACAGACUCCAUUAUUAUUCGUCUCAAUGAACCCAUUUCCAACUUGUCAUUAGUCGGUCUCAUGAACGAGACCGGUUCACUGUGGAUAGCAGCAGAUUCGGUAUUUCCAGACUCUAAAACAAUUCUAGCUAUUCCCUUUUCUUUAUCAGCUUGUCAUCUUGGUUACACACCGCCAAAAACAAACAGAACGGAGGUCAUAGACUGGAUAGCUGCACAUGCGGCUACAACAAGACAAGUGACAAAGAAAGACGACCUACUUCUAACAUGCCAAUGUAUUAUAAAAGACAGCGUUGCCAUAUCAUCGUGUGUCUCAGGAAAAUCAGUUAUGAUAAAUGAAGGCAUGUGGGCCGGUGAUGUCAACGACAAAUACGGCAGAUACGCAAGUAGAGAACCACGAGUUGGCACGCUAGACGAAGUGUUAGGACCGGAGUUUCACAAACGGUUUGGCUGGGGCUCGUGCGUUCUCCAGUACUGCUCAAAUGAAGUCACAAGUGAUAAAUGGAAUCUUCAAAGCGAAAACCCAUGUCGAGACAGUAGAACGGGACCUCUGUGUAGCCACUGCUCUCCUGGACUGUCAGUGACGCCCUUUGACUUGAGCUGUACCAACUGUACUUCGUCUACCUCGUUAGCUACAGGCAUCUUUCUCACCAUAUUCAUUAUUGUAGUCGAAGGGAUCGUCUUGUUGGGGGCGGCGAUGAUGACUAAUAUUGCAACAUCAACUACAUUUGACUCUUUGCUAUUUGCGUUUCAGGUGACUCAAUAUUUUACACCGAUUGGCAGUCAGGUUGCCACGACAACGUCCAAAUUUCAGCAACUUUUCAUUGCAAAUAUAUGCGUCAGUCCCAUGUUCCACAGUUUAUUUUACCUCCUUUUCCAAUUCGCGUUACCAUUCUUUCUUCUUCUUAUCGUCAUAACUUUAGCCGUGAUGAGCAAAUGUCCACCAUUUGAUCGCAUCGUACCGAGUCUUCCACGUGUCCUCAAAGCAGUCGUUUUGGUUUCUUUGGUGACCUAUGCCGAAUUCACGUAUUUUGCAAUGGACCUGCUGCAAGCCAACAGACUGUAUCAGACUGACGCCAUAUUCGGUGAACUCGUCGUGUUUACAAACGGCAGUCUCAACUACACAGAUCCAGCUCAUAUUCCCUUCCUCCCUGUUGCAGCUUUCAUUCUCGUUCUCGUUACCAUUCUGCCAAUGUUAGCGGUUUGCUGCAAAGAUCAUCCGCGCGUGAAACCGCUCUCCGACAUCUACACACACUUCUAUAACGACAGAUAUCGUAGUUGGAUUGGAGUCAAUCUAUAUAGAAGAUACGUCAUUGCUGCCAUCGCCAUAUUCGUGACCGUCACGAUUACAACAGAAAACAUCGGUUUCAUCCGUCAGAAUGCCUUGACUGCAACCAUCAUUGGACUGACGGUGCUACAGGUACUCUGCAAUCCAUUUCGAUCACGGUUCGCCAAUGCAUUUGAGACUAUAAUUCUCGUCAAUCUGUGUCUGUUCUCUGGACUCAAUGUCGUUCGGACUAAGCAUAUAUCGGACCGCCUACUCUAUACAAUUGCAUUCUGGCCAUAUGGAGCUGGUGUGCUUCUGUUUCUCUAUUUUCACACACACACAUUCGCAGAUUUCUGGUUGGCAUGUUACAAACGCCUUCAAUUACGUCAAACAAGCAACAGUGAUUUAACAGAAAAGCUAAUAGACAAACAAAACAAGUCAGACUCAUGAUAGCUUUUAGUGUACACAGCUUAUAUAGAGCU